AUGUCUGAACCUGUGGCUACUCAGGGCGUGAGCUCCUCCGAUGAGAAGAAUCUUGUCGUCAGCUUCAUCCAGUUUUUGCGCCAGAAGGUUUCUCAAAACCAGUGCAGCGAUGAGCAGAUUGAGGGCUUAGAAGUUGCCGUUCAGUGCCUCGAAGGGGCUUUUGGACUUUCUGAUGCCAACUACGCCUUCCAGCCCUCGAAGCCGCUCCUCUCUAUCUUCACCGCGGCCGAAGGCCUCGGCGUUGAAGGCGAGACCAAGCUUGCUGAGCCUACACCCAGCGAGAUCGAGCAGGCCAACAAGCUCAAGGAGGAGGGAAAUGAUCUCAUGAAGUCGAACCAAUUCGACGCCGCCAUCCAGAAGUACAACGAGGCCAUCAAGAUCAAUCGCGACCCUGUCUACUUCUGCAACAGGGCCGCUGCCUAUUGCCGACUUGAGCAAUACGACUUGGCCAUCCAGGAUUGCCGCACCGCCAUCGCCCUUGACCCGAACUACACCAAGGCUUAUGGCAGAAUGGGAAUCGCUCUGUCAUGCCAAAAUCGCUAUGAGCAGGCUGUCGAGGUCUACAAGAAGGCGCUCGAGUUGGACCCGACUCAAGAAACUUACAAGAACAAUCUCAAGAUAGCUGAAGAUAAAGUCAAGGAGUUGGAGGAGGCCUCUCGCGCGCAGUUCAACAACCCCAACAACCCGCUGGCUGGUAUGUUCGGUGGUGCUGGCGGCGCCCCUCCGGAUUUCGCCUCGUUGUUCCAGAACCCACAGAUGAUGCAGAUGGCCAAUUCGCUUAUGACGGACCCGAAUAUCCAAGGGAUGAUGUCGCAGAUGAUGGGUGGAGGCAUGGGCAACCUCUUCGAAGCUGGCCAAGCGAUGGCCCGGCAGAUGCAGCAACAGAAUCCCGAAUUUGUCGAACAGCUCAGGCGGCAGUUCGAGGGCGGCAGCGACGGCUCCAACAACGAUGAAACUACUCGAUUCUUCGAUGAUAUUAAGAUGUACGAUGGAUGGCCACACAUCGAGUUCCCCGAACUCAGCCCCAGCGUCCUGAACUUCUUCACGAGUGAAACGGGCAGCAGCGUGGCCUCAUCCAUACUCAGCGAGCUGACGCUCAAGGACAAUGAAAACCAGCAGAAUUUGCGUCUGCUGACUGAAGAGCAACUACGAUGGUGUAUUCAGGUGCUGAACCAUGGGCUAACACUUUCGUUCGAUACGGAGCGCGAGUUCACUGGUGUCGAACAAUCAGUCAGGAUCUACACGCAUUGGCUGCGGGCCCUUACGGAUACACCGGACGGCUCCAUUCCCGCGCCUUUGCUUGAAACCCCUGAAAAGUAUUUCAGAACAAUAAUUGAUGCCCUUCGUAGUGUGUUCGUGAGACGACAAGUACCAGCUGAUGCCAGACGUCAAUUGACGGUGAAUCGCCAGGCCGCACAAAUCGAUGCAAUUCUCGAGACGGUGAAAGCGAUCACCACCUGCGCAAGCAGAAAAUAUCAAGAUGAGGUCUGGACAAGAAGCCUUUCAUUCAUGUUGAACAGCGCCGAUAUUCUACUCGCCGAUUAUCCUCUUCAAGACGAUAUUAGUGGCCGGACGAGCUGCCGUGUGGUCGAUACGCUGCUUGACUUAUGGCUGAAGGCCGUCUUGUUGGAGCAGAUCCCUUCUCCAUCCUACUGGAGAACACUGCAUGUGAUGUUUUUGAGGUGGCGACAUCAUGUUCCGGUAAUCGAGUCGUGGGCGAGAAAGCUGCUGGCCUUGACGGUGUUGGUGUGCCGCUCGAUGUACGGCUCCAAGUACUGCAUGAUUCAGAUAGAAGAUGAGACCCUGAAUUCCCUAGCUGCCCUCGUCCCGCAUUCCGACGACAAUGACGAUGAAGAACACGCUAGUCUGCUUUUUAAAAGCUGGCUAGACAUCCUUUCGCUUGUUGGCCCACCCUCGGAAAUACUGCGCCACGAGCUGAAGGAAGUGCCAGAAAGGAGUGGACCGCUGAAAAUACUCCCUUUAUCUUUCUUCAUCGCCACCACCGCCAUUCAGCGCAUGGUCGAUCUGUUCUAUGGUGAUUCAAAGGUGCCGAUCGAGUUCAAAGAAACUGAGGUCCUGCAAAGAAAAUGGGAUCAAGCUUUGGGAGAGCGGAUUUCGAUAAUGCCGGAUGGCGCCAGUCGAAGUCAGACGACUGCUACAAGAUCUACAUUGACUGCCGGGACGGUGAACACCUUUGCUACGGCUAUGGAACCUGAUAAAGAUGCAACGUUGGGCAACGAUCAUCGUGGUUCUUUUAGCAGCUCGGUUAGUGGCAAGACCGGCAGUGCGGUGACUAACGAUCGGGAUAAGGAAAAAGAAAAGAAGAAACAAGGAAAGCAAGAACGCCCUCGUAAUGGUGUCCCGGCAGCCAGCGCUCCGGCUGAAUCUCGGUACACGGCGUCUACCGCCUUCUCACCCUCGCUGGCGACUACUAUCAACCAACAAAAUAACGGGAAUAAUCACUCCCCACUUACAGACAGCCGAAUCCCAUACUCCGCCCGGCCGACCGCUUCUCAGUUUGUCGGGCAUAUUUUGAAGACGAACCCUGGCUAUGCCCCUCAUCUUGGGGAGAGAUCGCCGAAGAGCGAGCGGAUGGUGCAGCUGGCGAUGGAGUGGCUGGUAGAAGCUGCACUUGCCCGCAGCGAGCAGGACGGACGCGGUUCAACGGCCGGAGAUGUGGCAGAUGAUGUGAUUUCGAGCCUCUCCCUAUGCAGUGUUGACAUUGACGACAUCCCGGCUGCCAUGCAAAAUGUCUCCUCAUCGGAGCGCAAGGCACACCAGCACGAUCAGCCCUCCUCCGAACGCUACUUCCAGCAUAGAUCUGAUAGCUACGCGGGCAGUACGGCCUCUUCCGGCCAUGAGGCUCAAGCUGGGAUCACCCAGGACCCGAUGAUAGUCGAGUCGGCCAAUGGGGUCAGCGCUGGGCGUGCAAAUGCGAUCGGAACCCUGGCCCGAAUUAUAUGCAGCAAGCGCUCCUCCGAAUCCCUCCCAAAUGCCCAUCUCGCCCAAUUUUACGCCAUGGUUUAUGAAGCACUUGUGGAGAAGGAUCGGCUCGUGCUCUGCUCCCUUUUCUACUAUGGACAUUCGCUCUUCCGCUUGGGUCUCCCCGGCGUUGAGGCAUUGCUGCCGCAUUGGCUCUUCGCUCUCGAUGUCAUCCUAAUCGAGAGCAGCAAAUUGAGACUUCAUCCCUCUUUCCCGGAAACCGACAUCCGAACCCAUUGCCUUCGGUCCCUGGCCACGGUCAUCAGCUGGCCCACCGUCUAUGGCAUGACGAAAAUGACGCAAUCACCGGCUGGCGCGAAUCUGAAGUCAGCGGCUGCCACCUACCUCCACCUGCGCCCCAGAAUGUACAAAACAUUAAUCUUCAGCCUGCGCAACGAGACCGACGCCGCCAAUUUGCAGCAGACCCUUGCGAUGACGUCGAUUCUCGUGGUGGAAAGCGCCGCUUAUGACCUGGGCCUCAGCGAAGAACAAGCAAAGGAUAUGAUGCGAAUUUCUGCAUCACUCAGCCAGAACCAACCCGAGAAAGGCCUCUGCGGCUCGUUCGUCCGUGGCCUCAUCUCGGCCGUUUGCGACCGGUUGUCACGUCCGGAAUGGGCUGGCGACUUUUCCAUCUGCCUUUCGGCUAUUGACGUCCUUCACACAAUCUCUUCAUUACACCAGAGCGUCCUCUUCUCGAAUCGCGAUAUGUCUGCCGGUUCGUUGAUUAUCUCAUCGCUGUGCCGCUUCAUCGAGACGCAGCUGAUGAAGCCGCCGCCGCUUCACAGCAAGGAUCUGCACUCAAGCGUAGUCGCCGCAUAUUCUUGCAUCGUCGCCUGGUUGGUGGCGGCGCCGAUGCUGGCUGAAUGCGAGAGCGUCUUGAAUACGGUGGCCGAAGCGGUGCAGCUGGGCGUGACAGGGGUCCGGCGGCACGACGAGAAAACGGUGGAACGGAAGGCGGCUAGCAAACGUGUGCUGGACGCUGCCGAAUAUUUGCUGUUCUCAUUGUUCUGUGUCGUUGGCCGGAAGCCGUCACCGAUCGGAGACGAAGCCCGACUGGCGCAAGAAUACGGCACGUCUGCCAUCGAGCUCUCCAAAUUCGCCCAUUUCCUGGUCAACGGCGACACUCUGCUGUCAAUUCAUGAGGCGACGCAUAUACCGGAGGUCUUCAAAGGUUCCGCAUGCGUUUUGUACGUGCGUAGGACACCGAUGCAGGCAGCGACCAUUGGGAUUGGCAGACUUUUGCCUACUUCUGAAGCCCUGGCCGCAAGUGGAUUGCAAGAAAAAUCUGGAAAUGGACCGACGAAGGAUGGGCCGUCGAUAUCCAGCAGCGGCGCGUCAACGCCCACCACUCCCUCAAGCCUCGCGACGCCUCCCACUCGCCAACCAGCUCCACAACCGCCCAGCCUAGCUGAGCAGUUUGUGAUUCCGGAGGAGUUCCAUAAAAGCUGCUGUAAACUCGACUCAUCCCUGGCCGAACUCAAGAUGACCCCCGAAGUAGAAGCCAUCAUGUCAAAAUUAUCAGACCCAAAACCCACGCGCCACGACGAACGUAACAUCUGGGCUGCUCUAACUGAAGAACAACGAAAAGCAACCCCGGUCCAACCUGCCGCCACCUGCGAUUCCCUACGCAUUUUCCUCUACGACAUGGGCCUCGUCCACAAAGACAUCUUUGGCUCGGAACUCAUCUACCUCGACCCAGCCCAAAGUCCCAGCUUCUACCACGACCUCCACAGAGUGGUCGACAGCUGCCCGGCGAGAACCCUCCAAACGGUCCAUAUUUUCUAUGUAAAAGUCGGCCAACGAAGCGCUGUCGAUAUUCUAGAAAACGCGCUCAACAUCCAGAACACAUCAUCUGAAUUCUGCACGUUGUUGGCUGAACUCGGCGAAGGCGUCGAGGUCGGUCAGCAUGGCGGCUGGACUGGGCAUUGGAGCACUGCGUACGCUUCUCAUCAGGGGCCGACGCAAGAGCGCAGCGUCAUUGAUCACUAUAUUUUGGAUGGAAUCACGCAUGCGUUGUCCUGGACCGGACCCACGGCCGAGAUUGCUUUUAUAACGCCUUCGGAGCGAAGUGUCCGGAUUUUUAAGCAAGACCUGCCACCCCCGACCUCGGCUCGUCGUGCAUCACUGAAAUCGUAUUCCGGGCAUACGUCGUCGGAAGAUGCGUUGCAGCCACGUUUGGACCCCUAUUACGGAGCACGAACAAAGAGCAACAUCUCCACGAUGAGCAGCGACAGCGAAUUCCCGACGCCAUCGUCGACGUCACAGAGUGGUGCGGCGCGGCGAAGCGGAGAGCUACGCAUCUUGACGGUUUGGUUGGAACGCCAAGAGGACAUUGGCCACUUCCCGAUUGAUGAUCUGCUACCAACAUGCGACGAUGGAGCUGAAAAGCUGACGAACGGUUCUUCUCCGCUGCCGACCGCAAAGCCAUCCUACAUCAUCAUCUUCCUCUAUUCCGUCGAGCCGGGUUUGGUUCAAGUAGCUUUCCGAGGGACACCGACGAGAUUCGGCGAUCCGGGCCCUCUCAUUGACGGUGUCGUCGUCUCUGCUUUGUGCUUACCCACCCUGCUUCGUUUGACCGUCCUCAAUAUCACAAACCGUAGCGUUGCCGAGGCGGAAAACCAUCAAAUGACCCACAUCAAACGCCGACAAGCCAUCGCCGACUUUGGCAAACGCUACGCAUCCCCA